AUGAGUCGGCGCCAUUCCCCGCUGCAAGGCGAGCGGCACUUCUGCGAGUAUCGAUGCAUUAUCUGCAACAGCGUGCUCGAAACUUGCCGUUCCAUGAGGCCAGAAAUCGUAUAUGCCCUGGCUGACAACUGCUACAACUGCAUUUACGAAACAUCAUACAGCCUCGCAACGUAUGAUGAGGCAUCUUCACAAGAGUUUCUCCAAACAAUGCUCCGAGUGGCGCAAGUACAAAUAGCAAACGAAAUAGCUGAGGCCUCGGAUCAACUGGCGUACAGUAGCCCAUGGUCGCCCACUACGACCGAUGCAGUCCUGGAGCCAGACGAUGAAACAGAGACGCAACCCUCGUUGUACGAUGAAACGCCUGAGGAGCGUGAUGAAAGAUUCCGUAACCUCAGAGCAGUUCAGGACUUGCCGGCUCAUCACUUCUAUUCGCCUGAACUAGUUCUGUCCGAACAAGAUGAGGUUCAACUAGAGCCCUCUCUAUUAGGUGCAUCUGAAAUAGAGGCGUAUGUUAAUGUGUAUGAGUUUGAUGCGUCAUUUGGAGAAGCUUCUGGAUUAAAUGCGCCUGAAGGAGAUGCCCGCCCAGCACCUGCACCACACCAGAGCCGCAACGAGCAAGAAGAAGGGCUCGAUAUCAUGAUAUAA